AUGAUAUUUACUAUUUUAUUGGAUUCAAGUCGUCACAGUUUACUUUGUUUAUUGGUUUUCUGCAAAUGUCAAACCGACGAUACUGAUACUGAUACUGAUGGAAUAGUUAUAUCGUCGGCUAGUUCAAUUGAGACGACAAGUGGUGCAGAUGCUUUUCAUUCAGCUGCAACCGUUGCAAGUACAUACGAACAAACUUUUAAAAGUUCUACUGAUUCUGCGACAAAUCUGGCCAGUACAAGUACAACAAUACAAAGUGUAACAAAUACUGAAGAAAUAUCUUUCACAACUCCACCUUCUUCUUCUUCAUCAAAAAAGAACAACUUAGGUCUGAUUUAUGGUCUAUCGUUACGUCUUGGCAUACCAUUGGUACUUAUUAUUGGUGUUGGCAUUCUCUAUUAG